UUGGGAACGAAACGGUAUUCCAGAACAUGUCUUCUUCUUCGACCGGCACUACUAGCAGCAGGACGGCGGCUAAACCAUGCUCGCCUGCAAAACAUACCAAAAGGCUGGUAUCGGCGGUACGCAAGGCAAUCCGUAAGUCCCCCAAAAACACCAAGAACCCCAGAAUUACCAAAAUCGUGUCACCUCCGGAUCACGCAACGGCCUCAAGAUCGACUGACACGCGCACUGAGAGUGUGGGGAGUAGCACCACUGGUGGCAGCGAUUAUGCCAGUGCAGCUGGAUCGCCGGGUAUUAUCUCAGGAGUUGAGUCACCAACCCGUACACGGAGAAGCAGUGAGGGGGACCUGACGGCUACAUCAACGCCAGAGAUUCGACCACGCACAAAGCUAACCAACCUUAAGCCACGCUCGGAGUCUUCGCUGCUACGAAUCAGGGCUCAGCUGAGAGCGGCGGCCGAAGUCAGCAUGGAACAGAGCGUGAGACAGGUGGACGAACCGAAGGAGGAGGAAAGAGAGGCGGAGUCAUCAUUUGUUUCUGACAUUUCGGCCGUGGGAGGAGGAGCGCUUCAUGAAAUGCCUCGCCUCGCAAACGCUCUUCUCCAAAAAACAAAAACUAGGUUGGAGGAAAGCCGAAACAUGAAUAGGGAGAUUCGGGAAGACGUAUGCAGCGGCCUGCACGGCCUUCACGAGAUGAUCCUGCGGUUGUCCGACUCUCGCAACCGCCACAUCGCGGAUAAAGAGAAGAUGAGGGCUAGUUAUGAGAGGCGUCUGACCCAGACUGAAGCCAAGUAUGCAGCUGCGCUGCGUUCCCUCUCGGAAACCGCUCAAACCACGCAAAAAGAGAUUCUGGACGCAAUAAAAGCGGCACAUCGGGAAGCCGAAACGUCGAGAUAUCUUUUCCUCGAUAUAGAGCAGGGCUUUAAGGAGAACUUGUCCCUGACCAGAACCGAAAAGGCUACCCCGCAGAACGAACCGUUGCAGGCGAUUCAAACUGACAUCGCUUUGUUGAGGCUCGAUGUCGGUACGCUCAACGAAACGGUGAAGGACAGCCUUGAUCGUAUACAAGCAAGGCAGCAGAGCAGGCAAGAGGAACCGGUCGCCUGCGAGGCCAGGAAAACCUACGCAGGCGCAGACUCCUCUCAUAAGCAGAGCGCACGCGCGGACGGCAUGCAGUCUAGCUUCCCACUCAUGAUAGAAUCAGCUGACCCCAGGGACACCUGCGAUGAUGUGGUUAAAUCCAUCAAGAACAGCGUCAACGUUAUAGAACUGGGAGUUGGGGUCAACUCCGUGAGAAAGAGGAGGAAUCAAAAAGUGGUCAUUGCCUGUGAUACCGCCGAUGACAGGUCCAAAUUGCAAGAGGCAAUAAAAACCUCCAGCCAGAAGCUGACCGUCACGCAGAUGAAGGCGAAAAACCCUCUGCUCCGGCUCUCUGGGGUUAUCAAUGAUAUAUCAGAUAGGCAUGUGGAAGAGGCUAUUUUAAAGCAGAACUCCUCUAUCUUAAUAGGGGUACCACUAGAAGACCGUCAAAUCAAGGUUGUCAGAAGGACAAAAGGCAGAACCAAGGAGGUAGGCAACGUGAUUUUGGAGGUAGCGCCGCGCCUACACCACCUGAUAAGGGACAGCAAAUUACGCGUGGGUUACCAGGUCGUCUACGCAGCUGAUCAGUCGCCGCUGGUACAAUGUUAUCAGUGCCUGGGUUUUGGGCACUUCUUUAGGGAGUGCCGAAAUGAGGUUUCGUGUGGGCAUUGCGCUGAGGGGCAUGAUACUCGACAAUGCCCAAGAAAAGACAGCACGCCAAAGUGCAUCAACUGUAGCAAGGCGGGAUCAAUAGCCUCGGCUAGUAGCCAUGCGGCAUACAGUAGAGCAUGUCCAAUUUGGCAGAAAUGGGACAGAGUAGCACGCAGUUCGGUCUCAUACUGCUGAGGAGGGCUCCCAAGUUCCAAACACGGGCACGAGGAAUGACAGCUCGAAGACUGAGGGGAAAAUUAAAAUCAUCCAAGCGAACUUGGGAAGGGGCUAUCCAGCCCAGAAAGAGUGCAUUCGUGAGGCGACUCGACAAGGCAUUUCGAUCAUGUUAAUACAGGAACCAUACGUCGGUGCC